GCUCUCCUGCUGACUGCCAUCGCAGUGCUGUGGAUCAAACUGAACAACCUGCAUACAGAAAACAACCAGCUACAGACCAGUUACAACAACCAGGCUAUAGAAAAAUACCAGUUACAGACCAGUUACAACAACCUGACAAUAGAGAGAUACCAGUUACAGAAACAAAAAGAUUCAUUUCAGAAUAAAUUGACCAACAUGGGAUGGAUGUUAUUUCAGACCAGCCUUUACUACAUCUCAACUGAGAAAAAGAACUGGACUGAGAGCAGGAAGGACUGCAGAGACAGAGGAGCAGACCUGGUGAUCAUAAACAGCAAAGAGGAAGAGGCUUUUGUCGAAAAGUUCAACAAGAAGCAUGGAAAUUAUAUUGGUCUGAGUGACAGUGAUAAUGAAGGCAUGUAUAAAUGGGUGGAUGGAACAUCAAUGACCACUGCGUACUGGUCAACUGGAAAUAUUUUUUCAGAUUUGGAUGACUGUGUUGUAGCUGGACUUAAUGGAUCUGUUGGAUGGUAUGACAGACCUUGCACAGAAACGUACUACUGGAUCUGUGAAUAACUUUCUCUAAUAUCAACAUUAGCCCAUCAUUAAUUACAAUUACACAUAUAACAACUGUAACCAUACUAUUACAUUUUCAAAAAAUUCAUAGAAUAGUAAAAACUCUAUAUAAUCUUUAAAAAAAAUUAGAGACAUUAUCAUUAAAAGAUUAAAAAAAAGUAAAAGUCAUGUUUUACAAUG